CUGGAAGGCCGGCCGAGGAGGCAGGCGCUUCCGGUAAGGCAGUGGUGGGGAAGCUAGGGUCAGGAUGGGGACCAAGGCCGCGGAGCUCGGGUGUGUGGUGGAGGAGCCUUCGCAGCAAAAUGCCGUCAACAUGCCAGUGGUGAUACUGCUUGGGUGGGCUGGCUGCAAGGACAGGCAUCUGGAGAAAUACAGCACCAUCUAUCUUCAGAAGGGAUGCAUUGUGAUCCGCUAUACUGCUCCCUGGAGGUUGGUGUUUUUUUCAGAAUCCAUGGGUAUUAAAUCCAUGCAGAACUUGGCUAAGAAGCUGUUGGAGCUCCUCUUUGACUACAAGGUGGAGAUGAAGCCCCUGUUUUUCCAUGUCUUCAGCAAUGGAGGUGUCAUGUUCUAUCGUUACAUUGUGGAGCUGCUCCAUUCACAGCAGGAGUUCCGGCACCUGAGGGUGGUGGGUGCUGUGUUUGACAGUGCUCCGGGCCGGAAGAAUUUGAGGGGUGCGCUUCGUGCCAUGUCAGUGAUCUUGGCAUCCUAUAAUGUGUGUGUUAAGUACUCCUUGAUGUUGACGUUUGUGAUUCUGGCAGUGACGUUACGGAUUGUGCUCUAUCCUUUUUCCCGCUUUGUACACGAGACCCACUAUGAUGCCCUCUUGAAGCAAUCCUCUCAAUGGCCUGAGCUCUACCUCUACUCCAAGGCUGAUCCUGUAAUUCUAGCAAGUGAUGUGGAGAACAUGGUAGAGGCCCGUAGGCAACAUCAUGUCCUUGUUAAGGCUGUGGACUUCACAGACUCAAAUCAUGUCAGCCAUCUGCGGGCAUAUCCCACCUCAUAUAUGACUCAGUGUACAUCCUUCUUGUACAGUUGCAUUGAAAAUACUUAGGCUCACCAAAGAAUAUGCUAGAGAAGAGUGCAGAAGUGUCUCUUCUCUCUCAAUAAUGUAUUUAUGUUCUCAAACAUAUGUGACUAGUACUGCUGCUCAUGGUGGAAGUUGGAGUAUUUCCUAGAACUGGAUUAUCUGGAAUUAUUACCUUGCUUCAUAUUUGGGAAUGGAACAACACGGUGAAUGAGAGGAAACACAAUCUGAUGCAUUUUACUGUUUCCCUUUGGUUGGGCUUAUAGGAAGGAGUAGGCAAACUGUGGUCUGCUGGCAUCCAGAAGAAUUUUUGUGAACCUCUGGAGCUCCAAGAAGUCAAAAAAAUAUUUUUGCAUUCCAAAAUGUCCCUAAAUGCACUCUGUGGUGUGCAGAGAGUGUUUCCAUCAUUUUUGGAAUCUCCUUGUACCUCCCAGGACACAACAAAUUCAGCAUUUUUUUUUGCCCUGAAAUACCCCAAAGUGUCUAUUGAGUGUAUGGGGUGUAUUUCUUCUGCUGUUUGCAAGCUGCCUGGUCUAGUUUAGGCUCAGAAGAGACCUUAAUUUGAAAAUAAAAAUUAUGAAAAUGCUCUUAGAUUCCCUGUAGGUGUUUAAAGGCAAAAAGAGUUUUUUAGGGAGUGGGCAUUGCCCUCCAAGGUCUCCUGGGAGCAAAUGCAUCCCCAUAGUCUUCCAUAGUUUCACAACUGAUGUUGGCUUUGGAAAAUGCCCAUAAUGAGCUAUGAGUACUCAAGCUUUUGGGUGAAAGAAAAACUGAACUUUAUGAUCUAUAUAAGUGCAUAUAUAUUUUCAUUUGUUCGUUUAAUCUGCAUACAGUGUUAUGUUGCUGUAGGCUGUAAGUGACAGGAAUAACAAUACUAAGCACUGAAAUUGCCCUUUCAAAUGCAAGCUCAUUCAAUAUAUUGUCUAAUUUCUGUGAUUUUAACAAGCACAGGGUCUUACUUACAUUUACUUGAGCCUCAUAAUCUGUUCCCUUUUUGCUCUGAUUGUGUGGAUUUACAUUGUUAUGUACAGUUCUGCCUAUAUUUCCAUGAAAGGCAGAUCAUGUGUCCUUCUUUGUACAUAUCUCUGUUUUCUGUCCUUUUGGAUAUUCCAUCAUUGUGUUUUACAGCACUCUCUAUUGUAUGGCAUUCAAGGCAAAGCAAUUCCUUUCCUAUAUUGUUCACCACUGUCUUGGCUGCUCUCCUCCUCUGACAUCUUCAUAGAAUUGUAACAUGCUACCUUGUAGCAAUGAUGUUCUAGCCAUGAUAGAUCACACGUUAUAAAGAUGUGGGGUCUCCUCAGUCCUUCAUUAAAUGCACAAAAUCACAUACUUGUUCUCCAUAUUAAUCUGGAAUGACUCCUAGAUCUUUGCAUAUACACAUCAUAAUCUCUGACAGUAAAUUUUGAUUGAAUUGAUCUGUUAAUACCAAACAUAUUUGAUUAAUUUAUUUGCACGGCUUGGACUACUAGUUGGAUUAAUAUGCAUUAAAAGGUUGGAUUGGUCCAUCUUGGUAUACUUUGAUGUAUUUCCUCUUUAACAACUUUUAUCAGUUUGCCUGUUAUAGCAUUGGACAUCUUUAUCUUCAAGCAUGUGCAUUUGUACACUUGGUCUCGACAUCUGGGGUAUUUUAUUUCUAACUCAUUUGUGUAGCAGAAAUAAUGCACUGGAACAAUGGGAUAGGCUGCAGUCUGAAAGCUGUUGAAACCAUUUGCCAUUCUGGCUGGCUGGGAGUUGAAGUCUAAUGGAUUUGAAGUGCUUAUAGAGAAGAUGUUCUAGGACAGUAACAGAAAUGAUCCAGAAAGUGUAGGUAACUUGGAUCUGAAUCAUUAAUUGAAUGAUGUUCGUAAGGAUCCAGAAGAGUUCAGGAGUUUGAUGCCUCUAAACAAAAUGCAACCUCAAUUAUGCUAGGUAUUGAUGUGAUAGUGGGAUCUUCCAUUGUUCCUUCUUUCCAGUACAUUUUGAAGGACAUGAUUUCUCUUUAAACAGAAGUUACUUGCUACCACCUGGGUGAGCACAGUCCAUUUUACAGCUGGUUUCCCACAACAUUGCAACAGAACUAAAGAGGACUACCUGUGUGCAUGUCUAUAGAAGAGAAGUUUAAAGUACAGCUCAUGAUUGGAAAAGAAGGCUGGGUGAUAGCUGCAUCUGUAUGGAAUAGUAGCAAAAUUGACAUUAUCACUUUGUGUUUGUUUCAGCCAGCAAGAUGUUGGUUUCAUAAUCUUACAGUUGAAUCCAUGUUUAUGGCUGGAAAAACAGUCACACUGGGUUUUAUGAGACUUGUUCUGAAGCUAGUAUUCAUGGAAUUGUAGCUUCAGUGACGAAGAUGAUUUGGUAAUUUUAGGACACCCAGAAUGUCAUUGUCCAACCUAUCAGAGUUUUCCGGAGGAGAACAUGGAGUAACUAUGUAAAUCUGUGUUAAAUUCUUCAAGAGGGCAGGGUUGAGCUACAAAUUAAAUUACUGAGCAGUUUGAACUGUUGCACAACUCUUUUUACGUGAUCAUUUUGUGUAUUACAUAAAAUGUUCUACUGUUCCCUUGUUCUACUUCUGUUUAUCUGCCAAAUGAUGGAUUUCCUGUUCUGUGUGUAUCUUUAAUUCAAAGCUAUAUGUGCUUUCCACAGCUUUAAUGUUUAACUGAUACCCCCCUCAAAUUACUACUACUACUGCUAGAAACAUCAAGCAUUUCAGUAGUUCUGAUGGCUUUUUCCAGAUUAAAAUUCUUAUCCUCUUUAUUGGCUCAGAAGCUCUUGUGGAGCAAAAGCACAACUGGCUGCUCUCUAGAGGUCGCGAGUCCAAACUGUAAGAGAUCCAGGAUUAUAACUGUUCCAUUAAGUUGCUAUUUUUUAAAUGAAAGUGGGCAGUUGUGGCUCUCAAGAUAUUGUAUGACUGUUCCCCUCUUACUAUAAGUAUAAUAUUUCCAGAAAUGUUGAAAACAUGAGGAAAAGUUUUUCCCUCCAUUUCCGCCCAAUAAAAGACAUCCUGGUGAAAUCAGA